AUGAUGAAGGCCUUCUCCUAUGAAAAUCCCACCGACGGUCUUCAACUGAAAGACCUGCCUGUUCCGGAGCCAGAUGAUGAGGGUGUUCUUAUCGAGGUCAAGGCCGCAGGACUAUGUCACUCAGAUUGUCACAUCGUCAGUGGCCACGGAGACGAGUACAUCGCCAAAAGGCCAAUUGUGCUCGGCCACGAAGUCGCGGGGCUGAUCAAAAAGCUCGGUCGAAAUGUCUCUGGCUUUCAGAUCGGAGACGCUGUCACACUCGCUCUCCUAAUGCACCCUGUCUCCGAGUACAUGAACGGCGCAUACGUCGGGUUGAGUUUCGAUGGUGGUUAUGGCCAGUACGUUGUCACGCCACAGAAGGUUCUCGUUAAGAUACCAGAUGGUAUAUCUUUCGCACAAGCUGCCGUUGCGACAGACGCUUUGGCGACUUCUUAUCACGCUGUCGUCGGUGAAGCUGGCGCUAGAACUGGAUUGACAAUCGGCAUUGUUGGUCUGGGCGGACUGGGUAUGCAUGGUCUGCAAUUUGCCGCCCUGAAAGGAUCUAACGUGUAUGGCUUCGAUGUCAAUGAGGACAAGUUUGUCCAAGCAAAAGCAGAGAACCUAGUCGGCCACACUACAACCACUUCGACUGCAAUCAAGUCUGUCAGGCCAGUUGGUAAAGUCAUAACUGUUGGUCUUGGGUCGUCAGAAGUCACGAUUCCAUCACGCACGGGUUCGGGUUACAUCCUGAAGGGCGUUACUAUCGUUGGAUCGAUUGGCGCAUCAAUGCAGGACCUGAAGGAUGUUCUGGCACUUAUAGCUGAGGGUUCCAUUAAGCCUGAGCUUACGGAGGUUGCCUUUGAGGAGAUACCAGACACUAUCAAGCAGCUGGCAGAGGGAACUGUAGCAGGUCGAGUUUGGACGGACCCAAGCAAGACACUAUUUCAAUAG